ACUAGGAGUGCACAUCCCAGAAUAAGCUCUGAGCACCACAAAGUCGUGCUUCUGGGGGAGUGUCUUCUGUAAGAUGGUGUUGAAUUUCAUCUAGCUCAAAGUUUACUUGGGGUGCAAGGGACAUAUAUUUUUACAUUUUGGGGCUAUUGUCCGUGUGCAGACAUGCACUUGGCUGUUCCUUGAACCCAGAGGAUUCCUCAACAUUUCAUAGAAGUCAAUCUCCCAGUUGUGCAGGUGCAUGCUUUGUGUGGUCCGAAACCUUAUCCUGAAUUGCUGGCUCUCAGUUCCUUGCUUUUUUAUUGUCACAUGAUGUUAUCACACAUUUGGGAGUGUUGUGCAAAGAUGGUCCUUUUGGGCUGUGUCCAACACUAGUCCUACUCAAUGAGUAGCCUCAAUGAAAUGAUCGCGUCUAAGUUAGGCAUGUCCAUUGACUUCCAUGGGUCUGCUCUGAGCAGGAUUAACAUUGGCUACAACCCUUAGAUUAUAGAAAAUCAUUGCUUGUCCCAAAGGGAAGAGUCCCCUGAAAAAUGGAGGAAUUGGGGGAGUGCAGUAUACUUACCUUGUGAUUCAGUUCAGGGACAUACCGUAUAUUUCUUUUUUAGUGUUAUGAACUUUCAUCAGAUAAGGAACUGGGAAUCAGGAAGCUACUUCGGCGUGGUGAGGCAAAUCUAGAACUAGGAUAUGAGAAGUAGGAACCAGCUUCAGCAACAUAAUGGUGGCUGAGAUGUGUGGCCACACUUCUAUUAUGAACAGCCCCAGCUCCGUUUGAUAAGUUUGUCGUGACUAAGAACUCCCAAUAGGAUGAUUAGGGGAUGCAACUACCAAUGUCUCCCAUUCUUUCAAGGUGUGGCCCCUGCCUUUAAGAUUCCUUCCAUGCUGUUAGGGUCAUAGAUUAAAUUGCACCAUCCAUUUAGCAAUCUGCUUUCCCUUUAAAAGGUUCUCUCCCGUUCGCUACUUUGCUCCUCCUCUACCAGGAACCGAAAGCUUCAGGGGGAAUUCCUGGCUACAAAACUCUCCAGAAAACAAGCGCUCUGUUCUGCAGUAAGUUUUCUCCUCUCGCAGAUUCCACUUCAUUUUAGCUAGUAGACGUCUUCGCUUGGGAUGUGGUCUGGAUACAAUCCAUCUAGAAUCGGGAGAUACCAAGUGCUGCAGCUAAGCUGUUGGAGAAGUCUAGACUCUAGCCUGAGAUUUAUAUUUCCAACAAGAUUCAGGAGGCGAGAUGGCAGCUGAAUCCAUAAUCCGGAUCCCCCCAUACCAUUACAUCCAUGUCUUGGACCAGAACUCAAAUGUGACUCGAGUGGAAGUGGGACCCAAGACCUAUAUCCGCCAAGACAAUGAGAGGAUCGUGUUUGCCCCAGUGAAGAUGGUGAUGGUCCCCCCUCGCUAUUACUGCGUCAUCCUCAAUCCAGUGGUCCGAGGGGCAGAUGGUGCCGUUGAGCUCAAUGUCGGGGGGCAGGUGCGGCUUAGGCAUGCCGACCUAGAGAUCAGACUGGCUCAGGACCCUUUCCCUCUGUACCCAGGGGAAGAGCUACAGCAGGGUGUCACACCUCUGCAGGUCGUCCUGCCUAACACUGCCCUGCAUCUGAAAGCCCUCUUGGACUUUGAGGAUGACCAUGGCGGCAAAUACGUUGCUGGGGAUGAAUGGUUGUUUGAAGGGCCUGGCACCUACAUCCCACAAAAGGAGGUCGAAGUUGUGCAGACUAUCCAGGCCACCAUCAUUCGGCCCAACCAAGCCAUAAGACUUCAGGCACGGAAAGAGUGCAAGGACAGAGAGGGCAAUAAGCGUGUGACAGGUGAGGAGUGGCUGGUGAAGCGGGUUGGGGCGUACCUGCCAGGUGUGUUUGAGGAAGUAGUUGAUACCGUUGACGCCUAUGUCCUGACUGAAAAGAAAGCGCUGCACCUCCGGGCCUCAAAGACGUUCCGGGACUCCCAGGGUGUUACCCGGAAGACAGGAGAAGAGUGGCUGGUCACCAUGGCUGACACCGAGGCCCACAUCCCCGAUGUUUACGAGGAAGUCCUGGGUGUUGUCGAUAUCACCACCCUGAACAGCUGUCAGUACUGCGUGGUUUGUGACCCAGUUGGAGCAGAUGGCAAACCCCAGCUGGGACAGAAGAAGGUGAUCAAGGGGGAGAUAUCGUUCUUCCUGCAGCCUGGAGAGUGGCUGGAGCAGGGCAUCCAAGACGUUUACAUCCUUUCGGAAGAAGAGGGCCUCCUGCUCCGUGCCCUUCGCCCCUUGGAAGAAACAAACGAGGACGGAGAGGAGGUUACGCACAAGCCGGGUGACCGUUGGCUGAUCCGGGGGCCCCUGGAGUACGUGCCACCGGCCGAGGUGGAAGUGCUGGAGCGGCGCCACUCCAUCCCGCUGGCUGAGAACGAGGGCAUCUAUGUGCGGGAUAUCAAGACGGGGAAGGUCCGAGCUGUAAUUGGCCACACUUACAUGCUGUCUCAGGAUGAGGAGCUGUGGGAGAAGGAGCUUCCGCCCCACGUGGAGGCCUUGUUGACUGUCGGAAGGGACGCUGUUGUUGAUCGUUCCAGGGAUACCUCUGAAGGGUGCACUGGGGCGGCCCGUGACCGGACUCGGGUCGUGACCUACCACGUCCCCCACAAUGCCGCAGUGCAAGUGUACGACUACAAGGAGCGGAAGUCCAGGGUGGUUUUUGGGCCAGAACUUGUGCUUCUGGGUCCAGAUGAACAGUUCACGGUGCUCAGCCUGUCGGGGGGCCGACCCAAGCGCCCCCACGCUCGCCGCGCCCUCUGCCUCCUCCUGGGGCCGGAUUUCUGCACUGAUGUUGUCACCAUUGAAACGGCUGACCAUGCCCGCCUGCAGCUGCAGCUGGCUUACAACUGGCACUUUGAGCUCCCCUCUGCUGCUGAAGCUUCCCGCCUGUUUAGCGUCCCAGAUUUUGUGGGUGACGCCUGCAAGACCCUGGCCUCGCGUAUCCGGGGGGCUGUGGCUGCCGUCACCUUUGAUGACUUCCAUAAGAACUCGAACCGCCUGAUCUGUGCUGCCGUGUUUGGCUUCGAUGGGGAAGGGACCAUGCGCGGCUCCCUCCGAUUCGCCCCCAACGGACUUGUCAUCAGCAGCAUUGACAUCCAGAGUGUGGAGCCCGUGGACCAGAGGACGCGAGAUGCCCUCCAGAAAAGCGUCCAGCUGGCUAUCGAGAUCACCACCAACUCUCAGGAGGCAGCUGCCAAGCAUGAAGCAGAGAGGCUGGAGCAAGAGGCUCGCGGACGUCUUGAGCGGCAGAAAAUCCUUGACCAGGCCGAGGCCGAACGGGCCCGGAAGGAGCUGCUGGAGCUGGAAGCACUGAGCACAGCGGUCGAGAGCACCGGGGCGGCAAAGGCCGAAGCCCAGUCACGGGCAGAAGCUGCCCGGAUUGAAGGUGAAGGGGCAGUACUGCAGGCCAAGCUGAAGGCCGAAGCUACGGCCAUAGAGACGGAGUCGGAACUGAAGCGCCUGGACCAAGCGCGAGAGCAGGAGCUGCGCUUCUGCAAGACUCAGGCCGAGCUGGACGUGGCUCGGGCAGAGGCUCUGGCUGCUGUUGAAGUGAAGAAAUUUGAGGCGGUGAUAAAUGCGCUGGGAGCCAGCACUAUCCGUGACAUUGCUGUGGCCGGCCCAGAGAUGCAGGCAAAACUACUCCAGGGCCUGGGCAUUCAAUCCACACUCAUCACAGAUGGUUCUUCCCCUAUCAACCUUUUUACAGCUGCAGGAGGAUUGUUGGGGAUUUUGCCCAAGCCUUCUGAGACCUGAUAGAUCCUGGAGAUGGAUGCUUCCCUUCCGCAUGAGAGCUUUCUUUAAGUACCUUUGCAAACAACAUAGAAUGUAAUAAUUUUCCCAGGCCAUUGGAGCCUCCUUUGAAUGUGCCUUUUUUUUUUUGUACAAGUAUACAAUAAACACUGAAGCAAUCUAUUCCA